UCCUCCCCCACCAAUAGAAACUACAAGAGAUAGAGUUGAGAAAGAGGAAGAAGAUGAGAGACAACGUGUUGAGGAUAUCUAUAAUGCAUAUGAUCAAUUAUGUGAAGAAUUUCUCAAGCAAAAGAAGAGAGUGCUAUCAUUGAGUUCGAGUCUCAACACAAACGAAGAAAAGAAGAAAGCACUCCAUGUUGAAUUAGUGAAGUCCAAAGCUCAUAUUUGUAUGCUUGAAGAGAAUAAGUCCUUGAAGAACAAUUUGGACUUUUCGGAGAGAGUUUCAUAG